AUGUAUUUUACUGGAUCUCAACUAGUAAAUCAAAUGAAUGAUAAAAGAACACUCGAUGUUAUAACUUAUGCCAAUUAUAAUUUUAAAGUGAUUGAUCAAAUAAUUGAUACCUUUGAUUAUGCAGAAUCAAUGGCAUAUGAUUGGAUGACUCAUAAAACAUAUUUUGUAGAAUUACGUAAUGAAAGAUGGGCUAUUAAAGUUACUGGACCAGAUUAUAAAUAUUCAGAAUAUAUUGCUUAUCCUGAAGAGGAACCAUCUAUUGGACAUGUUGUCAUUCAUCCAGGAACCAGACAGAUUUUUUGGGAAGCUUCUGAUAAAAUUUGGUAUGUUCCUGUUGAUGAAAAAACUCAUGGGGAGAGAUUUGUAUUUUAUGAAGGACCUGAAACAAUAAAUAUAAAAGAUUUUACUAUUGAUUUGGCUCUUGAUAGAUUGUGUUGGUUUUCACGUCAAACUGAAAUACUUGACAGAAAAAAUCCAACAAUUCUUUAUGAUUUUAUUCUAGUUAUGAAUAUCACUUUAAUAUCUGAGCGUAUAAUUGACAGGGAGGUAUCAUCUUCAAGUAUUGAAUCUCAAAAUAAAUAUUUUUGCAAUGAAGAAACACCAUUUUACUAUCCAGGAAUUAUCAAUUUAUUGAAUAACUAUGGUUUUGGAAACAGUCAAAUUGAAUUUCCCAUAAGUACUUCAAGUAAUUUCACAUUACUUCCAAGUGAUUUAUUCGAUGGUCUCAAGCUUAGAAAACUUUACAUCAGCAACAGUAACAUAACAACAUUACCAAAGGACAUAUUUUGGAGUCUUAAAAAUCUAGAUGAACUGAAAUUAAAUUCAAAUAAAUUAGAAAAACUUGAUUCACGUAUUUUUACUGGAUUAUUAAAACUCAAGAAGCUUGACAUGAGCAAUAAUAAUUUAACAACUUUGUCAAAAGACAUAUUCAAUGGUCUUGAAAAUCUUCGUCAUCUACUGUUACAUAAUAACAAAAUAGAUCAUUUAGAGUUGAGUAUUUUUCAUGAUUUACUACAACUUCAAGAACUCAAUCUAAGCUACAACGAAUUAAAAAAUUUAUCCAAAGACAUAUUCAAUGGUCUCCAGGAUAUUAUGUAUUUACAUUUGCAAUAUAACAAACUGAAAAAUCUUGAUUCAUGUAUAUUUAAUGAUGCGAUAGAACUCAAGGAACUUAACAUUAGUUGUAACAAACUGACAACUUUAUCAAAAGAUUUAUUUAAUAGUCUUGGAAAUAUUCGUUAUCUCAAUAAUCAACUAACGAAUUUAUCAAAUGAUAUAUUCAGUGAUCUUGUAGAUCUUCGUGAAGUAAAUUUAAAAUCAAACCAACUACAUGAACUUGAAUCAUGUACAUUUGAUAAUUUAUUGCAACUUGAGGAACUUGAUAUAAGUUAUAAUAAGUUGACAAGUUUAUCAAGUAAUAUAUUUGAUAAUUUAUCACAGCUUUGUACACUUGAUAUUAGCAAUAAUAAGCUUGCAGUUUUAUCAAAAGAUAUAUUUCGUUGUCUUCGGGGUGUUUAUAAAAUUAAUUUAAAUUCAAACCAACUGGACAAGCUGGAACCAGGAACUUUUGAUAAUUUAUUUCAACUUGUUGUUCUUGAUAUAAGCAACAACAAACUUACAACUUUAUCGAAAUAUUUAUUCAAUGAUCUUGUAAAGCUUCAUGCGCUAAAUUUAAAAUCAAACCAACUUGACAAUGUUGACUUGGGUAUUUUUAGCAAUUUAAUACAACUUGAGGAACUUGAUAUAAGCCAUAAUAAAUUGUCGAGUUUAUCAAGUAAUCUAUUUGACAAUUUAUUACAACUCAAGAAACUUGAUAUUAGCAAUAAUGAUCUGACAAUUUUAUCAACAGAUACAUUCAAUCAUCUUGUGAAUCUUAAGGAACUUAAUUUAAAUUCAAAUAAAUUAAAUUAUAUUGAGCCUUGUAAAAAAUCAUAG